AUGAGCGACCCUAACGCCAGCGAGGCGGAGAAGAACAUUGAGAUCUGGAAGGUGAAGAAGCUGAUCAAGCGCCUUGAGGCUGCUCGUGGAAAUGGCACCAGCAUGAUUUCCCUGAUCAUCCCGCCGAAGGACCAGGUCUCUCGUGCAGCCAAGAUGUUGGCUGAAGAAUACGGUACCGCGUCGAACAUUAAGUCGCGUGUUAACCGCCAGUCCGUCCUGUCGGCCAUCACAUCGACACAGCAGCGUCUCAAGCUGUACAACAAGGUCCCGCCUAACGGCCUCGUCGUAUACUGCGGUGAAAUCCUGACUUCGGAAGGCAAAGAGCGGAAGGUCAACAUCGAUUUCGAGCCUUUCAAACCCAUCAACACCUCCCUCUACCUCUGCGACAACAAAUUCCACACCGAGGCCCUUGCCGAGCUGCUCGAGUCGGACCAGAAGUUCGGCUUCAUCGUCAUGGACGGUAACGGCGCGCUGUUCGGCACCCUCAGCGGCAACACCCGCGACGUCGUCCAGAAGUUCUCCGUCGAUCUUCCCAAGAAGCACGGCCGUGGUGGUCAGUCCGCUCUGCGUUUCGCGCGUUUGAGAGAGGAGAAGCGGCACAAUUACGUCCGCAAGGUGGCCGAGUUGGCGGUGCAGAACUUCAUCACCAAUGAUAAGGUCAACGUUGCUGGCAUUGUCCUGGCCGGUUCUGCCGACUUCAAGAACGACCUCAACGCGUCGGACAUGUUCGACCAGCGUCUGCAGGCCAAGGUCAUCAAGGUGGUGGAUGUGUCGUAUGGCGGUGAGAACGGCUUCAACCAGGCCAUCGAGCUGUCGUCCGAAACACUGGGCAAUGUCAAGUUCAUCCAGGAGAAGAAGCUGAUCGGCAAGUACUUCGAAGAGAUCAGCCAGGACACGGGCCGGGUCUGUUACGGUAUUGAAGACACGCUCAAGGCGCUGGAACUGGGCGCUGUUGAGACGCUCAUUGUCUUUGAGAACCUUGAGGUCACCCGCUGGGUGCUGAAGGAUAGCAGCGGCAGCGAGAUCAUUCUGCACACCACCAAGCAGCAGGAGCAGGCCAGCCGGGACAAGUUUAUGGACAAGGAGACGGGACAGGAGAUGGAGGUGGUCUCGCAGGAGUCCUUCCUAGAGUGGAUCGCAGAACACUACAAGGAUUUCGGCACAACUCUCGAGUUCGUCUCCGACCGGUCGACCGAAGGCAACCAGUUCGUCAAGGGCUUCGGCGGCAUCGGAGGCAUCCUCCGGUACAAGGUCAACUUUGAGCAGUUAGCCGAAGUGGACGACGAUGAUGACUACUAUGACGAUUGA